UAUAGCUGUCAGUCAACAGCGAUACGAGGGAGGGUGACUGCCUGCAGGUGUUCUCCUGUAUACGGUAGUAGUUUCCAAGGCUUAGUUCAGAAAGUGGAUCUGCGAGGAAAUCCAACUACGAAGUGGCUGCGGCAGGCAGGAGGAUUCAAUUAACCUUCUAGAAAGACUUUGCAAGGGCUGAAAGGAGUGAAAGAAUCAGGAAAUAUUUUACAUAAAAAACUGGAAAUCAAGAUGGAAAAUAACAUAACAACGAUUUCUCGAGAAGAACUGGAAGAACUAAAAGAAGCAUUCAGUAAAAUAGUUUAAUGAAGAAACUGGAACACUUCAGUCAUUUGUGUUUCUUUAGAGACAUUGAUAAUAGUGGAUAUGUCAGUGAUUAUGAACUUCAAGAUCUUUUCAAAGAAGCAAGUCUUCCAUUACCUGGCUAUAAAGUUCGUGAAAUUGUGGAAAAAAUUAUAGCAGUGACAGAUAGCAACAAGGAUGGCAAAAUCAAUUUUGAAGAAUUUGUAUCGGUUAUUCAGGAAUUGAAAAGUAAAGAGAUUAGCAAAUCAUUUCGAAAAUCCAUAAACAAAAAACUGGGGAUUACUGCAAUUGGAGGAACAUCAUCCAUUUCCAGUGAGGGAACUCAGCAUUCUUACUCAGAAGAAGACAAGGUUGCAUUUGUUAACUGGAUAAAUAAAGCUCUUAAAGAUGAUCCUGACUGCAAACAUUGCCUCCCUAUGGAUCCAUCAGAUGAUAGCCUUUUUAAUUCACUUGCUGAUGGCAUCCUUCUUUGCAAAAUGAUUAAUUUAUCUCAGCCAGAUACAAUUGAUGAAAGAGCAAUUAAUAAGAAGAAGCUUACUGCAUUCACUAGAUCAGAAAAUCUAGAUCUAGCACUAAAUUCUGCAUCAGCUAUUGGCUGUACAGUAGUUAACAUUGGAUCACAAGAUCUAAUAGAUGGAAAGCCACAUUUGGUGUUAGGAUUAUUAUGGCAAAUUAUUAAAGUUGGGCUUUUUUCUGACAUAGAGAUUUCCAGAAAUGAAGCUCUUAUUGGUUUACUAAGUGAUGAAGAAGAAUUGGAGCAAUUAAUGAAAUUGUCUCCAGAAGAACUUCUGCUACGCUGGGUUAACUACCAUUUGAAUAAUGCUGGGUGGAAGAAAAUAAGCAACUUUGGUCAAGACAUUAAGGACUCAAAAGCUUAUUAUCAUCUUUUGAAUCAAAUUGCACCCAAACGAGGCAACAAUGGAGAAACAGCCAUUGCCAUAGACCUUUCAGGUUUUAAUGAACCAAAUGAUUUGAGGAGGGCUGAAUAUAUGCUUCAACAAGCAGAUAAAUUGGGUUGCAAACAGUUUGUGACACCUACAGAUGUGGUUGCAGGGAACCCUAAACUUAAUAUAGCCUUUGUUGCAAACCUCUUUAAUACAUACCCUGCCUUGCAGAAGCCUAAGAACAAUUCUUAUGAUUUCAGUUUAUUAGAAGGUGAAAGUAAGGAAGAGAGAACAUUUAGAAACUGGAUGAAUUCAUUGGGUGUAACUCCUUAUAUUAAUCACUUAUACAGUGACCUUGGUGAUGGUUUAGUAAUCUUUCAACUCUAUGAAAUGAUCCGUGUACCUGUAGAAUGGAGUCAUGUCAACAAACCACCAUAUCCUGCACUUGGGGGUAACAUGAAAAAGAUUGAAAAUUGUAACUAUGCAGUAGAACUGGGAAAGACAAAUGCCAGAUUUUCAUUAGUUGGAAUUGGUGGAAAAGAUCUCAACGAAGGCAACCCAACUUUGACCUUGGCACUAGUCUGGCAAUUAAUGAGAAGAUAUACUUUGAAUGUACUAUCAGACCUUGGAGAAGGGGAGAAAGUAAAUGAUGAAACUAUCAUUAAAUGGGUGAAUCAAACUCUUGCAAAUGCGAAUAAAACGACUUCAAUAUCUAGCUUCAAGGACCAAUCUAUAAGCACUAGUUUGCCAAUAUUAGAUUUAAUAGAUGCUAUUGCACCAAAAGCAGUCCGCUCAGAAAUGGUCAAGAGAGAAGAUCUAACACCAGCAGACAAGCUAAAUAAUGCUAAGUAUGCUAUUUCUAUUGCUCGGAAAAUUGGUGCUUGUAUAUAUGCCUUACCAGAUGACUUGGUAGAAGUGAAGCCAAAAAUGGUCAUGACAGUGUUCGCAUGUUUAAUGGGAAGAGGAUUAAACAAAAUAAAAUAAAGAACAGUUUAUUUUCUUUUUCUGCCAUGAUAAACGCAUUGAAUGCCUCAUUGUUUACAGACUAAUAUAAAGCAGAUAGUUUAUAUAUAUAAAUGUGGAAAAGUAAAGAUAGAUUAUUUAAAAUGAUUUCUUUUUUAGUUAUCACUUGAAAUGUGUAUUACAUCCGUAUGCGAGCUAACUCUGCUAACAUCAUGCAAUAAUUGUAAUUAACAUUACUAUGUUCAGCAGCUUUUUUAACCUGUAUAUGAUUUUUUUCAGUGCAAAUAUUCCCAAAACUGUAAAGUGCUAUUUUAGGAAAUACUAUGAAGUCAAAACUUUUGAUUGUUUUAAUUUUAAUUGUUGCUAGUAAAUGUCUCUUGCUAUGGUUAUAAAAUAAAGAGACAAUCCUUUCAAUAAAAGAGAAUAUAUGUAGCUCAGGAUUGAAUUGUGGAGUCUUUGGUCCUCUUGUCUUUGGUUCUUUGUAGAUGUUUCAUUACCUGAAUAGGUAACAUCAUUAGCACUAUUAAGUGUGGACUUUGCUCACUGUUUAUAUACAGUGUCUAUAUAUAUCCUGUCAGUGUUGGUGGAAGUGUAGUUCCUGGAUAUCCUUAUCAGCAGAGGAAAUAAUAUAAAAAAACAGUCCACACUAACCAAGUGCUCCAUUACUAAAAUAAUAACCUAACCUCUCAUACUAGUUGCUGUGUAAGAACAUUAUUCAGAAGAGUAAAAACACUGCAGCAACCAAAACAUCAGAAAAAGGAACAUACAAGCUAUGAAAAUAACUCUACCACACGUUAAAAGUAUUUCAGAAAAAACUAAUACUCUAUAACUGUGUUUCUCAACCUUGGUAACUUGAAGAUGUGUGGACUUCAAUUCCCAGAUUUCUCCAACUAGCCAUGCUGGCUAGGGAAUUGAAGGCCACACAUAUCCAAGCUGCGAAGGUUGAGAAAUGUUGCUCUAUAUAACAACCACAUAGCAUCAUCACAGCAUGUUGACCAACUAAAGACCUCGAAAACAUCUUAAGUAAAUAAAAAGACCCAGUAGCCCAAAAAAUGUGAGUCUACAACAUAUAGUGUAAGGACCAUAACCACCACUAUAUAGGAGAGAAAAACAGAACAGAUCUUAUGAACACCAACCUAACAAUCAGAAGACAUAAUGAAACUUCUUAAUCUCACAAUACAUGGACAGACUCAGCUAUAGUUGCAACUUGGAAGUGGGGUAUCCCAGAUGAAGCUAAAUUCAAAAACACUAGAAAAUUGCUGUCAGCUUGGUAGUCAGAUAAAUCAGCUAUCAGAGAUAAACCCCAUUUAUACACCAUUCAAAAAAGAUAAUUGUACUAACUGUCUUUACUUUGGCUGUAAACCGCCCUGAGUCCUUUGGGAGAAGGGCGGUAUAGAAAUUGAAACAAUAAAUAAAUAAAUAAAUAAUAAAAAAGCUAAGGAAACAAAAAGACCAGAAAACAUUCUUCCAGUAGCUGAUAUCCAGAUGAGCAGGGAUUCACACCAACAAACCAGUGGCAAAGCAAGCUACUAUAUAUAAAAGAGAACAAAGUUCACACUCACUACCAUUGCUGAUGUUACCUAGUCAGGUAAAGAAAUGUCUACAAGCAAACAAUUGAAUGGCACCAAGGACUCUACAGACAAUGUUUAAAGCUGAAACAAAUCUUGUAUUUCAACUAUGAAUUAGGUAUUGAAAAGAAAAUGUUCCCUUACCAAAGCAGCUUCUUUUUAUUAGCUUACUGGUGUAAAUUAUAGUUAAUUGGUAUGUGAGUACCUGUUCUUUAGACUGCUUGUUGGAAAACAACUUCACAGAGAGAUGGUACAAACUGUAAAUAAACUUUAAGCACUGAUGAGGCUGGUGUGGGUAGAAUCAGUAAAAUUUGCUCUGAAGAGAGAAAAAAUACUCUGUUCCAAUCUCAACUUCCAUUAGCAUGGUCAUGAAAGAAGACAUUUAUAAUGGCUCCAGAGUAGUAACAUUUGUAAAUUGUACCCUGUUUUAUAUUUCAAUUUCUCAGAAAAAAGAAUCUAGAGAGUACAGCAAUAUGUUGGUUAUCUUUAUGAAGCAAUCAGGGAUGUGACAAAGUGAAGAUAUUUUGAUAUAGAAAAGGAAUUUUGGUGUAUUCUCUUAGCUGUGCUUAUAUGCCUCUAUUACUAUUAGGAUUACUAUUACUAUUACUAUUAUAUAUUAGAUGCAGGAUUGUACUGCUAAUCAACUAAUUAAAUAUUGGGAAUUAAAAUGUUUUUUUUUAAAUUCGUUAUACUGAUAGUUAAAAUUUACUUGUGCUGUUGAACUUACAAAUUCCAUUUCGGAGAUUUUUCUGUAGAAACGUUUCUUCUGUAUUGCAACUUGUACAUUUUAUAAAAAAACAAAAAAUAUUAUAAAAAUCAAACUUAGGAUUUGCAGUUUAGAAUAAAAUCAAUUAAAACAUGUUUAAUAAUAGCAUUAAAUAAAUGGUAUGUAUAUUGUA